AGGGGCACCUAGUCCUUUGCCCACAGUGGCUGCUGGAAUUCAAGGCUGCACGCGUGACCGUGACCGCGGCGGCAGCGCUGGAGAGGGAAGGGGGAGGGGGCGCUCCCUGGUGCUCGCGAUUAUUUUUGGCUCGCCAGCCCGGCUGCUCGCUGCCGGUCGCGCGCGCGCACACACAUACACACACACACAGACACACACACACACACACACAGAGAGAGACACACACGCACACACAUGCACACAUUUUUAUCGCGCUCUCCCUAGCUCUCCGCUCUCCUUUGUUUAUGAUUUUGUUGGUUGCGCUCUUCUUUGCUUCCCCUCCGGUCCAGCUUGCCAGCACUCCCGCGGGCCACCCAGUGCACGCCUGCUGCUCCCAAAUCAGCGUCGCCCGGUCCCCUCCUCCCGGCCUCCUAGAGCGCGGGGUUUGAAGGUCACCUCCUUUCUAGUUCCCCCAGCGAGCCAAGCCGCCGCCACCCUCCUCUGUCUGGAGCCCAGAAGUGUCAGUCGCAGCGGCUGCUACCUCAGAUAGGGGUCCGUGUGUGGUAGCGGGGCGGGGAGCCCGAACUCAGAGUCGAGGGGGAAUUCCUCCCUCUUCUCAUCGCGCCAGACCCGGUUGCACCCGCGGAAGAGUGGGGGCGCUCUGCCAGCCACAGGACCCACGCGUGCGCCUCGCGGACCCGAGAAACCACCAGCGAGUCGCUCAGCUCGCAUCUGGAGGGGACAGCGCGCGCCCCGCCCCGGCGUCCGGAGCCGACAACUCCGAGCGUCCUCCAGCUCAGGACAGAUCUGAGAGGACCUAGAGCAUCUCCAGAUCCCGGAAACCCCUGCGCUUCAGACCAGGUGGCCUUGGACACCAGGGCUCCUUAGGGGUGAUCCGGACCUUCGCCGCGCCCAGUUCUAGGGCGCGGCUGACCUGCCGCGAAGUUGUGGCCAGCUGGCGUGAGCGAAGCCAACGUCCUAAUUCGUUGCCUCUGGCGGAUGCUGAACGCGGCUGGGGUCACACAGAGCACUGAGGAAUCCAGGGGGUCCUAAAUCCAGGAGUAGGCAACAACUGCCAAGCUCGCCAGGAGUUCUAGGAAACAGCUCAAAGACCUCAUGAAAGUGGGACUUACGGCUUCCUUGAUCAGGCUCAGCAUUCAGAUAUCGAAGUCGACUGCAGUAACUGCGCGGAGACAGAGGACAAAAAGAUUUUGAGGCAACAGAUGAAUUGUGAAAGAGAGCAGCUGAGGGGUAAUCAGGAAGCAGCGGCCGCCCCUGACACAAUGGCUCAGCCUUAUGCCUCAGCGCAGUUUGCUCCACCCCAGAAUGGCAUCCCUGCAGAAUACACGGCCCCUCAUCCCCAUCCUGCACCAGAGUACACCGGCCAGACCACUGUCCCUGACCACACAUUAAACCUGUAUCCUCCGACACAGACACACUCGGAGCAGAGCCCUGACACCAGUGCGCAGACCGUCUCCGGCACAGCCACACAGACAGAUGAUGCAGCCCCAACUGACGGCCAGCCCCAGACACAACCUUCUGAAAACACAGAAAACAAGUCCCAGCCCAAGCGGCUGCAUGUGUCCAACAUCCCUUUCCGAUUCCGGGAUCCAGACCUCCGACAAAUGUUUGGUCAAUUUGGUAAAAUAUUAGAUGUUGAAAUAAUUUUUAAUGAGCGAGGCUCAAAGGGAUUUGGUUUCGUAACUUUCGAAAAUAGUGCGGAUGCGGACAGGGCGAGGGAGAAAUUGCACGGUACCGUGGUAGAGGGCCGUAAAAUCGAGGUUAAUAAUGCGACAGCACGUGUGAUGACAAAUAAGAAGACUGUCAACCCCUACACCAAUGGCUGGAAAUUAAAUCCAGUUGUGGGCGCGGUCUACAGCCCCGACUUCUAUGCAGGCACGGUGCUGUUGUGCCAGGCCAACCAGGAGGGAUCUUCCAUGUACAGUGGCCCCAGUUCACUUGUAUAUACUUCUGCAAUGCCUGGCUUCCCGUAUCCGGCCGCCACUGCUGCAGCUGCAUACCGAGGGGCUCACCUUCGAGGCCGUGGUCGCACCGUGUACAACACCUUCAGGGCUGCAGCACCCCCACCCCCAAUCCCGGCCUAUGGCGGUGUUGUUUACCAGGAUGGAUUUUAUGGUGCAGACAUUUAUGGUGGUUAUGCUGCAUACCGCUAUGCCCAGCCCACCCCUGCCACUGCAGCUGCCUACAGUGACAGAAAUCAGUUCGUCUUCGUUGCAACAGAUGAAAUUUCUUGUAACACCUCUGCAGUUACGGACGAGUUUAUGCUGCCGACCCCUACCACCACACACUUGCUCCAGCCCCCACCUACGGCGUUGGUGCCAUGCCCCAAGGUUCCAGCCCCAGCACAGACUUCAGAGGAGCUAAGCUGCAGACUUCCAGGCCUCUGCUGUCAGGCAGCUGAGCAUCUGCCUGCCUCUCCUCCCCUUUUACAAUUCAUGUUUAAAGUCAUAGUCGCCCAGGAGCGAAAGUAGACAGAGGGGCACACUUUGUGUGUGUGCCUAGUACAUAAGAAAUUAAGGAAUCAGCUGGCUUUGGGGGUUGUCUUGUUUGUUUUUGUUUUUUGUUGUUUUUUUUAUUUUCUUUUCUUCUUGGAGUAUGGGAAGCCGGGACUUUUGUUUUGUUUUUUCGUUUUGGGAAGGGAAAGGGGAGGGGAAAAGUGGGGGGCAAGGGGAGGGUGGAUUUGCCUGUACUUGUUCAAACUUCUAUGCACUAACACUCUUGAGUCCAGUAAGACAUGUCCAUUGCGUGGAAGCAUAUGCAAUCAAUACAAUGCCUUGGCAUGCAGUCUUCUGCUUGAGUUGAGAAUCUUAGUCCUCUCCCUAAAACUCAGUCCCACAGGCAUUCAUUGGAAUGGCCAAUAACUGCAGGAAAGAGAAAUGCUUAAGUGUCAUAGGAAGCCAUGGCUAGGCAGUUGCCUGGACCCUGGGUCAUAGAAACCCAAGCAGGCAUAGAAGAGCCCACUGUUCUACAUAAACUUCAUUAUACCCAGCAGUGCUCCUGUCCCACCCCCCCUGAGACAUCAGAAUCUAUAGGUUGCCUAGCCAAACCUAGAAACAGGCUUUUAUUCUUAUUUCAAUGUGACAUCCAACAACCCAGCGUCAAAACCUAGGCCACUUGAGGAAAGGGGUGGAAAAGAAUCCUGAAUCCCUACAUCCAAUAUGUUGUCUAAAAUGACCUUCGAAUAGACAUAAAGCUUCUCCCAGUGGAACAUCAUAUCAAUUAAUCCAUUCAUCAAAGAAACAAACCAGUAAAAUGAGCUGGUUCCUAUCCAUCCACUUUCCCAUUUGUAAACUGGAGGCUUCACAGCUGGUAGGUAGGACCAGCUGAUUGAAUUCAGUUUCCUGGGAUUAUUUUUUUUUUCACAAGGAGUUGCAAGAGGAGGUCAGGAGUGACCACCAUAAGUUUCUGACAAGGUCCUGGGAUGGGGAAGGGGAUGCCCUCUAAUUGGGUUGGUUUUGAGUGUCUAUUUUUUUUUUUACAUUAGUCUUUCUGAUGAUCCACAUGUUACAAAAGGCAACAUGUAAAAAACCACACCCCUCGAAUUGCUUUGUUUCAGAAUGCUUUUGCGCCCUUGACCGAUGCCAAGACUAGGAGCCAUGCUGAUGAUGUCGGUCUCGUUCUUUCUUCAUUGCAGGCUAGUAUAUACCGAGGGGGAUACAACCGGUUUGCUCCAUAUUAAAUGAUAAAACCAUUAAUCAAACAAACAAACAAACAGAUAAACAAAAAAACCAACCUUCCAAUGUGGGGAGAGAGGAAGCUUUCCGAGGCCUGAGUGUUGCGUCACAUGCAGUAGGACAUCAUGUUAGCAACUCAAAGAAACAACUAAAUAUCAAAAAAAAAAAAAAGAGGAAAAAUUACAUUUUUUAUCUUAUACCUCAAAUAUUUUGUUCUGUGUAUUUUAAUAUUGUGGGUCUUUGGUUUCUGAAGGUUUUUGUAGUUCAGUUGCUGGCGGUAGAAGUUUUUGUGGUUGACCUAGAGAGAGGCUAGAUAUGAAUAAAAACCGAUUUAGGGCCAUAUCCAGAGUGCUAUAUUAUGUAAAUGAAUUCUAUAUGCCGAACAUGAAGCUACUGGGGUUAAGCUGUUUGGGAAGACUGUAAAUGGCAAGUCAUUCUUUCUGCAUUAUUAUUAUUAUUAUUUUAUUCUGUGAAAGGGGAGGCCGGGAGGGGCUUAGGGAUUUGGGACUGGGGUUUGGCUGAAAGGAAAAAAAGAAAAUAUAUAUAUAUAUAUAUAUACAUAUAUAUAGUAACUGAUGAAUCUAAAUGACCCACUGCACCAACUAUCAUAAACCUCUGGUUCUAAGUUACUUCUGGCAAAAUCAAGCCAAAGGCUGUGUUAAGAUUCCGCUUCGUAUAGCACGGAGAUUGCAGUUGAAGGAAGGAAGCUGUGUCGGCCAGUCCACCCUCUUAUCAUUCCACCUGCAGGACUCAGCUUCUUACCUACCCACUAGUUAUUUAAGGAAAGGCUACUAGUUAGGUUAAGCAAAGGCUACUAGUUAGGCCAUCAACAAGCAUUCUUUUUAUAUUUCUUCCAGUAUGAGAAAUUAUUGAUAUCACUGCUGACUUUUAUAUUACGGGAGGGAAAAAUUAACAUUAAUAAAAAGGUGAUAAAAAAGCAGUUUCUAUUUUUUUCUUUUUUUCCAAAAAAGAAAGUAAUAAAAACUUAAAUUCUUUGUACCAGUUAAAAAUAUGUAUAAACUUUACAUCUGUGCAGUGGAGUUAUGUUCUAGAGACAGUCUCUGAGGCUUUAGUUCUAGUUUAGUAGAUUAACUGUUAGAGACAGACGUAUAAUUUUUAUGGAAUUACAUGAUAAUCAUAUCUGGAUUUAUAGUCGCAUUUUACAAGUAUCGCAAUCAUUGAAUAGAGAUAAUCAUGGUAUUUUCAUCAGCUUGAUACUUUUUGAAAACAUGACUGCGCUGUGAGCAACUUGCAAUUUUUCAGUCUGUGAGAGCCUGUCCUUCCCUCUCCCCAGUGCCCCAGGGUUAUCAUAAACUGGUAUCUUUAUUUCUAUUGCAAGGCCCAACAAUUGUCAGAAGGAAGCAAAAACAAGAUUAAAAAAAAAAAACUAGAACCAUGCCCUCCAUCCCCAAAGACCAGUGCCUGCCCCAUCCUUUCUAGGAGCAGGGCCAGAGCAACACAGCCGAAAAAUUGCAGCUUGUGAUUUUCUUCUGUUUGAAUCCCCCCAUGUUGUCCUGUUUACAAGUUAACCUAAGUUGGGGUAUCUGUCAUGGGUCUUCCUGUUUUGUAUUUAAAUUCUAAAAUAUCAGCAAGCUGUUCCCUGAGUAGUGUUACUGCCUGUGUGUGUGGUGCCGGCCCCACGGCACGCACUUUAGUAAGUUAUCAACUCACGCUGUGAACCUGCCAAUCUGCUGUAACAACUCUGCUUUAAAAUCAAAACCAAACAAAACUUUAAAAAGAAAAAAAAAAGUGUUUGUGAUCCAGCUUUUCCUCGUCAUCCUACGUGCAUGCCCGUAAGAUCGGUUGGAUAUUAAACCAUCAAUAAAGUUUCAUGAGAUUUGAAAACAAAGUUUUCGUAGCUUCAGUAUCUAAGACAGGUGAUCAUGGUUUGGGAGAGAGAGAAAAGCAAAGGGCGAGGAGGGGAAGGGGGAUAAACUGCUGAACUGGUGAGAAGAGCAAAUUCUAGGAACUGGUUUUCUUUCACGAGACCCCUUUGAGUAGGGAGAGAUGGGGCCAGGGGGAACUUUUUGACAACAUCACGUUCCCACGUCCCUGGCCUGCUACAGUGUGCAUCUGGUUCAUGUUAUCCAAGGCAGCAAUUUAUCAUAAUGCUGUAGCAUCCGACCCCAGAUGGGGUCAAGAUAGUAAUAGAAAAGGGGCUGCAAAAAGAUCAACAGACUCCUCCCAGUCGCCACAGCUUUCCAAGCCCAGAACCUGCAUUGUGUAUGAAAUCACAAACAUGGAAUUCUUACUGUGCUGGCUAAAGUAAAACUCAUUUGCAGUUUUGAUUUCCAUCAAUGAACUGUACUUUCCCCCACAAUCGUAUGUAGUUUUAAUAAAAAUCAUUUAGAGCAAGUGGGUGCCAACCGAUGUCGCAGAACCUUUUGUCUAGGCACUCUGCUGAGCUGCCGAUAAGUCGUUUUAAACUGUCAUGUCAGAGGUGUAAACAAACAUUUUGGAUUUUUUAAAACAACAGUAUUUAUUUGGAAUGUUUUCAUUUAUCUAAAUAACUAUUGCUAUUAUGAAUUAUGGAAAAAAAGAUUAAUGUGGCAUAUAGUGACUUCUUAACACACAUCACUCAAUCUGCAAACCCAGAAAAUGUGUAUAUCUGUCUUUAGAAAUUAGUGUUUAUAUCACUUACAGUGGUUUGUGAAUAAAGAAAACUGGUUUGUAAUAUCAAAAAAAAUAAAAGCUUAGUCUGAAAAGGU